AGGGAGAGAGAGAGAGAGAGAGAGAGAGAGAAAGGACGCUCUGCCAGGACGUUUGGGGGACUUUAACGGUGCGGACGAUAAGGUAGACUUUUCGGGGUGGGGAUGGUGAGGGGCUUUCUCGGCACUGCUGCAUCUCGAACAGCCGGACCACGGACACGAGAGGGUGUGAGGCGGCGGAGAAGCGGCCGUCGUACCCUCGUCUCUGACGACGACCGCCCGUGCGUCCCCUCUCUCGGCUCCUGGAUGGCCGCGCAGGUGACGGAGAGAAGAUGAUGGUCUGCAAAGGAAACGGAGGAGGAUGUUAUUGAAUUCGUUCCGAGAGCACUCGACCACCAUGACAGCGACAUUUCAAAAGAAAACGGUAUUUCUCAUUUUCUUCCCUGCUCGAGAUUGUGCACUCUGAGACAGAGAGAGAGACAGAGAGAGAAAGAGAGAGAGAAAAAGACGCAUUAUUAGCAAAUGUCACAGUUUUCCUUAUUGGCUCGAGGCUCGUCGGAGCGCGCUGGUGAAACAAAUGCGAGGUGGCGGGAGCCACAUUAUUGCCAAACCCGUGGCAAACAUUGCGGAUGUUUCUAAAUAAAUAAAUUACAUGGCUUUUCCCUUUUCGAUGCCCCCUUUUUUUUGGUCAAGUUGAACGUCGGGGACGGGCAUCGCUAAAGGCUGACAAUUAAUGUUUUUGGACUCAUUGUCGACAGUCCCCUUUGCCGAGGCCCGUGUGAUAUCAGAGGCAUCUGGAGAGCCCAUCGUUGCUGUCGUAGGAGUAAAGAAAUAAACGGUGCCGACGGGGUGCAGGAGGCUGCGGUGCGCUCUGGUGCAGCCAUGAACCACGGACGACAUGAAACAUUCAUGUUAACGCGCUACAUUCUCCCCAUGAUUUCAUGUCGGGGGGCGAUUUCUGCUUUACGCUGACAUAAGAACCCCCUCCAGAAGGAGACACCCUACAGCAGCAACCCCACGGUGCGACCCGCGAGCCAGUCGACCAACACAUCUCUUUCUUUUUUUUUUUGUCUUCACACCCACAAUUGGCCGCUGGCGGAGACGCGCAGGGAAGGAAGACAUUCGGCUACAUGGGCGUCCCCGGCUGCUAAAACAACAAGACAACCCGUUUUGGCAUAUGAGACGUUCUGAUCCAAAUGGGAUGUAAUGUUGUGUGGCUGCACAGCUGAGCAUUGGUCUCCUUCUCCGCUGCUUCGUGAAGAUUGGCUUUCGGUGUCCAGAGAAUGGCGCGGUUCGAAAAUGAGGUACAGUCCCGGUACGGCGGUGGGCCCGGCCCGGGGGGUCCGGGCGGCCGAGGCGGGAGCAGGCAAGGUGGACCCCACGGUCACGGGCACGGACACGGUCCACCCGGAGGGCCGGGCACCCAGAGAAUGUACAAGCAGUCUAUGGCGCAGAGAGCCCGGACCAUGGCCCUCUACAACCCCAUCCCCGUGCGCCAGAACUGUUUCACCGUCAACCGCUCGCUGUUCAUUUUCAGCGAGGACAAUUUCGUCAGAAAAUACGCCAAAAAGAUCACCGAAUGGCCUCCAUUUGAGUGGAUGAUUCUCGCCACCAUCAUUGCCAACUGCAUCGUCUUGGCUCUGGAACAACAUUUGCCUGAUGGGGACAAGACGCCGCUGUCUGAGCGCCUGGAUGACACAGAGCCGUACUUCAUCGGGAUCUUCUGUUUUGAGUCAGGAAUAAAGAUUCUGGCGCUAGGUUUCGCCUUCCACAAGAACUCCUACCUGAGGAAUGGAUGGAACGUCAUGGACUUCGUGGUGGUGCUCACAGGGAUCCUGUCCACCGUGGGAUCAGAUUUCGACUUGCGGACCCUCAGGGCUGUGCGAGUGUUGAGGCCCCUCAAACUGGUGUCCGGCAUUCCCAGCUUACAGGUGGUGCUGAAAUCCAUCAUGAAGGCCAUGAUUCCUCUGCUGCAAAUCGGCCUGCUUCUUUUCUUUGCCAUCCUCAUGUUUGCCAUCAUCGGCCUGGAGUUCUACAUGGGGAAAUUCCACACCACCUGCUUUGACAAUCACACAGGGGAGAUCCGAGAAGAGUUCCCAUGCGGGACCGAGCCCCCGUCGCGGCUGUGUCCGGAGGGCACGAUGUGUAGACAGUACUGGCUGGGACCCAACUACGGCAUCACACAGUUUGACAACAUCCUGUUUGCCAUCCUCACCGUCUUCCAGUGUAUCACCAUGGAGGGCUGGACUGACCUGCUCUACUACAGCAACGACGCCUCAGGGAGUGCAUGGAACUGGAUGUACUUCAUCCCUCUCAUCAUCAUUGGCUCCUUCUUCAUGCUCAACCUGGUGCUGGGUGUACUGUCAGGGGAGUUUGCCAAAGAGAGGGAGCGUGUGGAGAACAGAAGUGAGUUCAUGAAGCUCAGAAGACAGCAGCAGAUCGAGAGGGAACUCAACGGUUAUCUGGAGUGGAUCUGCAAAGCUGAAGAGGUCAUCUUGGCGGAUGAUGACAAUGAAAACGAAUACGAUGGCUCCCGUAGAAGAGCCACAAAGAACCAUAAGAGCAAAGCUGAGCUACUGAACCCGGAGGAAGGAGAGGGAGACCUGGCAGUCGGGUCACCCUUUGCCCGCGCCAGCUUGAAAAGCUCCAAGCUGGAGGGAUCAGAUUUCAAGCGGCGGGAGCGGCGGCUACGCUUCCUUAUCCGCCACGUGGUUAAGUCCCAGCCCUUCUACUGGACCGUGCUGUGCUUGGUGGGCCUGAACACUCUGUGUGUGGCUGUAGUGCACUACGACCAGCCAGAUCCACUGUCAGAUUUUCUAUAUUUUGCUGAAUUAAUCUUCCUGGGGAUAUUUUUGACGGAGAUGAUGGUGAAGAUGUACGGCCUGGGGAAACAGGCCUACCUCACCUCCUCCUUCAACUGCUUCGACUGCAUUGUGAUAUGUGGUAGUAUUUUUGAAGUGCUGUGGUCCAUCAUCCAGCCGGGCACGUCGUUCGGCAUCAGUGUCCUACGAGCUCUCAGGUUAUUGAGGAUUUUCAAAGUCACAAAGUACUGGGCGUCUUUGCGUAACCUCGUCGUCUCUCUGCUCAACUCCAUGAAGUCCAUCAUCAGCUUGCUGUUCCUGCUCUUCCUCUUCAUAGUUGUCUUUGCUCUCCUGGGCAUGCAGCUCUUCGGAGGACAGUUUAAUUUUGAAACUGGCACUCCUUCAACCAACUUCGAUACUUUCCCCGCAGCAAUAAUGACAGUGUUCCAGAUCCUGACUGGCGAGGACUGGAACGUGGUGAUGUACGAUGGCAUCAAGUCUCAGGGCGGAGUCAACAAGGGAAUGGCCUUCAGUGUCUUCUUUAUUGUCCUCACACUUUUUGGCAACUACACUCUGCUGAAUGUGUUCUUGGCCAUCGCUGUGGAUAAUUUAGCCAACGCACAGGAACUGACCAAGGAUGAACAGGAGGAAGAGGAGGCUGCCAGUCAGAAGAUCGCCCUGCAGAAAGCCAAGGAGGUGGCUGAAGUCAGCCCGCUGUCUGCCGCCAACCUUUCCAUUGCUGCCAACAAAGUGCACAGUGAGUGUCACAACGCUACCGACCCCUUUCUGGACUGCAAGGAGCAGCAGAAAAACAACAAGGGGAUCAACAAGUCAGUGUGGGAACAACGCACCAAGGAGCUGAGGAGGCAGACGAUAGUGUCUAGCCGCGAGGCCCUCUAUAACGAGCUGGACCCCGACGAGCGUUGGAAGGCAAGGACGGGGAGGGAGGAGCAAAACAAUGUGAACCACUCUCGUAACACGCGUCCAGACAUGAAGACCCACCUCGAUCGACCUCUGGUGGUUGACCCUCUUGAGAACCGCAACAACAACACCAACAAGACCACCGCAAACAAUUCCGACCUGUGCUUCAGCCAGCACCAUCCUGCCGAUGAGCUCCACAGGCAGACCCGCCUACACGAACAGAGCGGCGGCCCAGUAGGAGGUGGUGGCGGGGGAGGCUCGGCCGCGGUCAGGCCUCCCUUGGAUCGGGGCGAAUCCACCGAGAGUAGGCGGAGCCGUAAAGGCGAGCACCACCACCACGGCUCCCACGUCCGAUUGGAUGCCACGGUGAUUCCCGGGCCGGGCUCGGAGGAGAGACCUUCCAGGCGGCAUCACCACACCCGCAGUGGCAGUCGAGGGGGCGGGCAGUCUGAACACCGGAAGCCCAGGUCACAUCGCAAAGGGGCCGAGGACGGUGUGGAUGGCGAGGGACGAGCCGGGAAAACGGGGAGGCACAGGAACAAAGGCGUUGACGGAGGCGGGGAAGGAGGAGAGCAGGAGGGGGCUGGGGAUGGCAGUGAGAGGAGGCCAAGAAGGAAUCGCCAUGGAAACCAAGCUGACGGCGAGGGGAAAAGGAUGUGCCAGCACAGAAGGAAGGAAUGCAGUGUCCCUAACCUCUCUACCACACGGCCCAUUCAAAAAAGCCUCUCCAGGCAGGACAGCCAGUACAGUGAGGAUAUGGACAACCUCAUGAAUACCAAACUGGUCUCUGGCUCCACCCCACCCGGCGAUGGCCACCCCAAUCCAGUGGCCAACCGCAUCGUGGCCCCGGGCUUCGGGUCUGCCCUCCAUCUCGCUAACAGCAGCGCUCAUGGCAGUUUGGUCACGUUGGAUAGCUACGGGAGCAUCGCCCAUCACCGUACCAACAGCGUCCUCAGGCUGCCCCACCCUGACUACACGGCUUUAGACAUGCCGAUUUUUCCUUCCACCAACGCCAUACUGCAGGUUAAUAAGAACGCUAACACAGAGCCGCUGCCAGCAAAGGAGGAUAAGGACGACGAUGAUGAUGAGAAGGGGGGCGAAGGCGGACGCAAGCCAAUGCCUCCCUUCAGCUCCAUGUUCAUCCUCUCCACCACCAACCCGUUUCGGAGGGCGUGUCACUACAUCUGCACCCUGCGAUAUUUUGAGAUGUGUAUCCUGCUGGUCAUCGCCAUGAGCAGUAUCGCCCUGGCAGCUGAAGACCCUGUGUGGCCCGAAUCCCCUCGCAACAACGUUCUGCGUUAUUUUGACUAUGUCUUCACUGGAGUGUUCACGUUUGAGAUGCUGAUAAAGAUGGUGGAUCUGGGGCUCGUCUUGCACCAGGGCUCUUACUUCCGGGACUUGUGGAACAUCCUUGACUUUAUAGUGGUUAGUGGUGCUCUGGUGGCCUUCGCCUUCACCAGCGGCGGCGGGGGUAGCAGUAAAGGAAAAGACAUCAGCACUAUCAAGUCUCUGAGGGUACUGAGAGUGUUGCGACCUCUGAAGACCAUUAAACGUCUUCCUAAACUCAAGGCUGUGUUUGACUGCGUGGUGAACUCUCUGAAGAAUGUGCUCAACAUCCUGAUAGUCUACUUACUCUUCAUGUUCAUCUUUGCUGUGGUGGCUGUGCAGCUUUUCAAGGGACGCUUCUUUUACUGCACCGAUGAAUCCAAAGAAUUGGAGCGCGAUUGCAGAGGCGAAUAUCUGGUUUUUGAACGUGAUAACGAAGUGAAGGCGCAGAAGCGGGAGUGGAAGAAGUACGAUUUCCACUACGACAACGUGGCUUGGGCCCUCCUCACCCUCUUCACCGUUUCGACCGGAGAGGGGUGGCCGCAGGUACUGAAGCAUUCAGUGGAUGCGACUUAUGAGAACCAGGGCCCGAGCCCGGGGUACCGGAUGGAAAUGUCCAUCUUUUACGUGGUGUACUUCGUGGUCUUCCCCUUCUUCUUCGUCAACAUCUUCGUGGCUCUCAUCAUCAUCACCUUCCAAGAGCAAGGAGACAAGAUGAUGGAGGACUACAGCCUAGAAAAGAACGAGAGAGCCUGUAUAGACUUUGCCAUUAACGCCAGACCUCUGACCCGCCACAUGCCUCAGAACAAGCUGAGCUUUCAAUACCGAAUGUGGGAGUUUGUGGUUUCGCCGCCAUUUGAGUAUACAAUCAUGGCGAUGAUCGCGCUCAACACGAUCGUGCUGAUGAUGAAGUACGACGGAGCUUCUGAAACCUAUGAAGCUGUUUUAGCCAACCUGAACAUCGUGUUUACCUCCCUCUUCUCCAUGGAGUGUGUACUCAAGAUCAUUGCCUUUGGAGUGCUGAAUUAUUUCAAAGAUGCCUGGAAUAUUUUUGACUGUGUGACAGUUCUGGGCAGUAUUACUGACAUCCUGGUCACAGAGCUCGGGAUGAAUAAUUUCAUCAACCUAAGUUUCCUGAGGCUGUUCAGGGCAGCUCGUCUCAUCAAGCUGCUGAGGCAGGGAGAAACCAUCCGUAUCUUGCUCUGGACCUUCGUACAGUCCUUCAAGGCGCUGCCUUAUGUCUGCCUCCUCAUCGCCAUGCUGUUCUUCAUUUACGCCAUCAUUGGCAUGCAGCUGUUUGGGAAUAUCGCUAUUGAAGAAGAUGGAGAGAGCGCCAUCAACCAGCACAACAACUUCAGGACCUUCGUAAUGGCUCUCAUGCUGCUCUUCAGGAGUGCAACGGGAGAGUCGUGGCACGAGAUAAUGCUUUCGUGUCUGGGGAGCAAAGGGUGUGACCCUCUGUCGGGGAAUAACGAGCCAGAGUGUGGGAGCCAGUUUGCCUACCUCUACUUUGUCUCCUUUAUCUUCUUCUGCUCUUUUUUGAUGCUGAACCUGUUUGUAGCCGUCAUCAUGGAUAACUUUGAGUACCUAACCAGAGAUUCUUCCAUACUGGGACCUCACCACCUGGAUGAGUAUGUCAGGAUAUGGGCCGAGUAUGAUCCUGCUGCCUGUGGCAGGAUCAGUUGCAGGGAAAUGUAUGACAUGCUGAGGCACAUGUGUCCUCCACUAGGCCUCGGGAAGAGGUGUCCAGCACGGGUGGCCUACAAGAGACUGCUUCGGAUGGAUCUGCCUGUGGCCGACGACAACUCGGUCCACUUCAACUCCACCCUCAUGGCCUUGAUCCGCACGGCACUGGACAUCAAGAUCGCCAAGGGCGCGGAAGGUGGCAUUGACAAGCACCAGAUGGACGCAGAGCUGAGGAAAGAGAUGAUGGCGAUCUGGCCCAACCUCUCCCAGAAGACUCUGGAUUUGCUGGUUACACCACACAAGUCAGCCACAGACUUGACAGUGGGGAAAAUCUACGCAGCUAUGAUGAUCAUGGAGUACUACCGCCAGAGCAAGAUCAAGCGCUCGCAGGCCCUUCGUGAUGAGCAGAAUCGAACGCCAUUACUGUUUCAGCGCGUGGAGCCUCCUUCCCCCACCCAGGAUGGGGGCCCGGGACUUAACAACGCCCUCCCUCCGCCCGAGACCACCGAGACCGUCAACAGCCUGCCGGUGGAGGGGGGGGUCCCGGAGAGCCAAUCAUGGGUCACGGCUCGUGCUCAGGAGAUGUCCCAGAAGGCUGGCAGCUGGACCCCCGAGGGACACCCUGAGGAUGGCCUGGGACGCAUGAGCAACUCUCAGACGGUAGAGAUGAGAGAGAUGGGGCAAGAUGGUUACUCGGAUACUGAGCACUUUCCACCAAUGGAAGGCCAUGGCAGGGCCGCUUCCAUGCCCCGCCUCCCAGGCGACAAUCAACAGCGGAGGAAAGGGAGACAACGUGGCAGUAACCUCAGUACCAUCAAUGACAGCAGUUCCAUGAAGCGCUCGGCCUCGUCGCUGGGCCACAGCAGGUGUGGGCGGGGCCAGAGAGACAGAGGAGGUGCAGACGACUACAGCAUGGAGUGUGUACCCGAGGAGGGGAGGACUUCCAGACAUGGACACCGCCGAAAAGACCGGGGCCAUCGUGCAUCUGAGAGGUCCCUCUGUCGCUACACGGAGGGUGACACAGGCCUGGGCACAGACCUGAGCACGACCACCCAGUCAGGGGACCUCACGUCCAAGGACAAGGAUCGCGACCGAGACCGCGGCCGGUCCAAAGACCGAAAGCACCACCACCACCAUCACCACCACCACGGCUCAGUGGACAAGGAGCGCUAUGUAGCAGAGCGAGGGGCCGACUACGGACACAGGAACUCCCGCGACAGAGAGCACGAGAGGGACCACGACAGGGACCACGACAGGGAGCACGACAGGGACCACGACAGAGACCACGACAGGGACCACGACAGGGACCACGAGAGGGACCACGACAGGGACCACGACAGGGAGAGGGAGAGGGACCGCCGCUGGUCAAGAUCGCCCAGCGAGGGUCGCGAGUGCAUGACGCACAGACAGGGCAGUAGUUCGGUCAGCGGAAGUCCCGUCCCCUCGACCUCGGGGACCAGUACGCCCCGACGAGGCCGUCGACAGUUGCCUCAGACCCCCGCAACACCUCGGCCGCACGUCACCUACUCCCCCGUGGUCCGCAAGGCCAUGCCCGCACCGCCUGGGGGGGCGCAGGGGCGACCCCCGGCCCCGGCCCCCCGCCGCUUUUCUCCUGAGCCUCCCCAGGGACAGGGUCCUCCUCCAGCCGGCCCCCCGAUGGCUCACCAUGGCGCUUCCCGCCAAGGUCACCACCCCCCGGCUCGCUGGGGAGACUCAGGUGGAGGAGGCGGCUCCAUAGAAGGGGAUGGCUGCUUCUACGAUCAGGACUACCAGGACUACGAGCCCCACCAUGAACCACCUGCCUAUGAGCAGAACCCCUCGCAGGGUGGCAACCCCCACCCGCAUUCUCUAGCCAACCACCCGCUGCCGCCUCCUCCACAACCGCAGCCACAUAACCCCCAUCCCCUCCCUCCCCCACAGCCGCACCCUGUAAACAACCCCCCCCACCCCCACCCUCACCCUCACCCUCAUCCCCAGCCCCACCCUCAGCCCAGUCGCGUCUCAGCCAGGACUGCCGGCCAAGCACCGCCCCCCACCACCGCCCUGACGGGGCCAGGGCCGGGCCAGAUGCAGCCUGCCGCCCAGCGCCGCUUGCCCAACGGCUACCGCUCUUCAUCGCCAUCCACACAUCCCCAUGGACCCCCGCACACGGGGCCUCACAAGGUGCCCCCUCCAGCCGGCCAUCCUAGAGGUCCCCGCAAGGGCCUGCAUGAACCGUACAGCGAGACGGAGGACGAUGACUGGUGCUAGCCCCCUGGGGAAGGGGGAUGGGGGGGGGGAUGGGGUGUAAGGAGGAAAAGGGAUCGACGGACGGGGGGAAAAGAUGGCGGCGGGACGCUCUGAGCCAGGGCUCUGACUGCCAAGGGAAACCUUGAAUCUUUCUUUCUUGCCUGUUCAAUGUUUUCCUCUCCCGCCACUGCUUGGCACGUCCAGGCGAUGCUGGGCUAGAGGAAGGGAUGGGUUUCAGGAUGAAGGGGUGGAACAAGAAUGCCGAGGCAGGAUCUGAGGGGCAACCACCUCCAUGUUCUGCUUGCAUUGUUGUUGCAUUCAUAUCUUGAUGCCAAAUAAGACCAACCCAAACUUCAGUAUUUAAGGAUGCAAGCAGGAAGGGUGACGGACCCUAGUCGUUUUGUGUCUUAAAUUCCGCCUCUGGCAACGAGCUACAGCCACUUACAAGAUGUCAAGAGUUGCGACUCGACAAAAGACACUUUACAAGCAGAGACAAAAGAAAGACCACUGUUUUUUGUUGUUGUUUUUUUUGCAUCUCAAAGCUAACGUCAGUUAAGUUAGCUGCAAAAAAAGAAUCAAAUCCAAAUCUCCCGCCCACCAGUUGAAUAUUGAUGAGUUUUAUCAUCUGUGUUUUUAAAUAAGAACAAAAACUGUCAAUGAGCCCUCCGCCUGUAUGAGGUGAGAAGGCUGGCUGAGAGAGUUGUGGAUUGUUGCGCUGGGUCGAUGAGUCCCGUGGUCAAAAUCUACGACGACAGGACGGGUGUGUUUGGGAUGUUCAACGUUGUUCCCUGCUCCCCGGAAAAAAACAAACAAUGUAUCCAUCCUCAGCCCUCCCCCUGCGAGAGAAGAAAAACCGAAACGUGGAGAUGGGUUUCAGAAACAACAAACAAACCUGUAGCUGUUUUCUGCGGUAUUUCUUCUUCUUCUAUUCCUGCCUCUUCUUCCUCCUUCUCUUUAACUUCUUCAAAACAUUGAAGCUUGAAUCUUCUGUUGCACCCCACACAGCUUCGUUUUUUAGACUUGCGGAGUUGUACACCUUGUGGAAUCCUGCAUGAAUGAUACAAAAAAAAAAAUAAUAAUAAUAAUAGCAUCAAUGAGAAUUUACUGUAUGUGGGGGCGAUAUUCUAUUGGUCCUUUCUGUUGUGGUCUGCAGGGUUUCUCUCUUUUUGAUUAAAAAUGCCUUUCUGUUUCUCUAUCUCCCUAUGACAUUCCUCUCACUUACCUUCAUUUACACUCAAAGCAAGUGACAGAACGUUAUAGGGAGGUUCAUCGCUGUAAUGUGUAACUAAACUGAACGAAAUGAUUACUUUUUGCUUGCUUGUCUGAAUAUUCCGUGCGAGAUGCCUGCCACUGAUACAGCUGGAAUUGCACAUAUUUUUUGUGGAGUCAACUUUUUGUAAUAAUAGUGGAACAACGACACACGGGGAAGCAGGGUAAAGUGGCUAAAAGAUGCGAUGUCCAUAUUGGUGAACAAGUCCGACAAACCGUAACAUCUCAAAGUCUUCCACGGUUUGGGGUUCAAACAGGGACAUCCGAGAGAAAGAGACCAAUAGACAGGCGGCAAAAGGAGAGAAACUCUUCAUUGUUGUUUCUUUGUUAUUGACCGUAAUGAUGGAUGAACAGAUAAUAUAAUAACUUCUAAUGAUCAUGAUGAUCUUGAUAAUGGGACCGAUUAUCCAUUUUUGGUUUGAUAUUCUGUUCUGUAUGUUUGUUUGUUUGUUUGUUUUUUUUGGAGCUCAGCUAAUCAUUUUUCCAACCCCGGGGGUGGAGCUCAAGCCCACAGUUGCAUUGUGGGAGAAUGAGUCAGCAGGUCAUGCAUGAUUCUGAGAUGAUCCAUAGCAGUCAAUAGGUCUGCCUUUCUCCUCACGGGUUUUUCAAAGCCCAUAUAGAAUUUGGACGACGGGGGAAUUUUAGUCCCCUUUAAAAAAAGAAAAACAGCAGUUUAAACGGAUGCAUCUUCUCUCCUGCGGACGCUAAAGCAGAGUUCCACCACCGCUUGUGACCUUCCAGUGGUGCUGUACGACAAACACUGUCCCUCUAGUCUUUUGUACUUCUCCUCCAACUUCACUUGUGAUUCAGAGUUGUUCUACGGUAUAUGCGCACCAAGAAAACUGCUUAGCUCAUUCUCUCACUUGUAAACCACCUUUGUCUGUGCUCACCUGGUGUAAACACCGGCGACUGUAUCGCACAGUGCAGGUGGGUUGGAGAAAAGAUGUCUUGGCCUUGUCAUGGUCAUGGAAAACAUCUGUGUGUGUAUCACUUGUGUAUAUCUUGUAUUUAUUUCUGUGUGUUACUCUGUGUGCCUCAAUCCAACACUUGUCACUAACGCACACCACUGUCCACCCUAACAUUAUUCUUUUCAUUUGUAUUUGUUUGGCCUACGUUUUGCUCUGAGGCCUAUCACACGUUGACCAGAGAAUGCACCGUAAAAAAAAAUCGAAAAGAAAAAAAAACUGCCUAUUAGUGUCUUUCCAACAUCAGUGGAAUGUCACAGACAAGUAUUUUUUCAAAUCAGAAAGCACACCAAGUAUGUAGCUGCUGGUUGUGGUGUGUGUGUGUGUGUGUGUGUGUGUGUGUGUGUGUUAGUGGGGGUUCCAUGUAUGAGUGUGUGUAUGUGUUUUAGAUGCUUUCUGGGCGUUUUGUUUUCGUGUUUACUUUGCUUUAUAUUUUUUUCUCUCCAGAAAUCCUUUUGAAAUCUUUAAGAUGUUUUAGUCAAAUUAUUGUAACGAUCUUUGACUUUGUAAUUGUUUGUGUGUGUGUGUGUGUGUGUGUGUGUGUGUGUGUGUGUGUGUGUGUGUGUGUGUGUGUGUUGUCAGACACCCCCUGAAUGAAACAUGCAAAGCCCCAAACAUUCACCAUCCAUCUUUGUGUCUAUACUGCAGUGGAAACCACUAACACGCUGAUUAUCCACACAAAGUCUUCAAAAAGCAAUGUAUAGCCGCUACUGAGAAGAGAAAAAAAAAACGUUUUUUUUAAGUAAGAUUUAAAAAACAAGGAAAAAAUAUCUAGUUCCAGAAAUGCAUGUGCUAUGUGCAUGCCACACCGUGGGUUAACAGUCAUCUUCAGGACAUAAAAGAAAAAGCAGAUAAAUGAAUUCAGAGGAAUUAAAAAAAAAAAAAGAUAUAUAGGUAGAUAGAUGUUUUUAAAAAGCAAUGUUUCCUUUUUUCUUCUAUUUUUGAAAACAAAAAAGGUUAAAAAUUACCAAAAAAAAAUGUUUAAAGAUUAAAACCACAAAAGAGGCUUUGGUGAGAGUUUAUUUUCGUCUGUUACAUGGGGUUGAGGCACAACACAACCAUGUUUGCGACACCACAAUAGGAACUGUUUUAAAAAAAUAUAUAUACAAGCAAAGAAAAGUAAGUACAGUUCGGGUGGUGUAUUCUUCCUUCUACUUUUUGUGGGGGUCACAGGGUGCAGCAGAGAGCCAAUUCUGAUGAUGUACUCAUUAAAACUGGCUGUGGAACCUUUGAUCUCUCACGCACUCCCUCUCUCUCUCUCUCUCUCUCUCUCUCUCUAACUCUGUCUCUCUCACACUCUUAUCUUAUCUGUCGCACUCUCAAGCUGUCUCACCGCUAUUUCUACAAGUGCAUUUUGUAAUUCCAAACAGAACUCUUCCUAAAGAUUAAAAUCCAGAGAGAAUGCAAA